UGUUGCUGCGCAGCAACAGAUAGAAAGAAAGACCCAGAGAGGAACACAGAGAGGAAUUCCCCACUGCUCAAACAGAAGCGGCUGUCAGGGCGUAUCAGUCCUGUUUUUCUUUUCUUUUCUCUUUCUUUUUCUCUUUUGGCUCCCAGAAUUCACAGAAAUAAAUCUACAGCCUACCUGUAGCUGGAAGCGCUGCAAGCCCCCCAACCUCACCCCAUGAAUGAAGGAUGUGAGAGCAGAGCGCUGCAGCAGCAGCAGCAGCAGCAGCAGCAGCAGCAGCAGCAGCAGCAGCAAGCCUUCGGGUGCAUUCAGACACUUCAAGGAGCAGACUGUGUUCUCUGUCUGGAGGCAACACUCUCUCCAGCAGCGGUGUCGCCCUAUUUGGUAGAAGCUGGAACCGGUUUGGAGCUCGGAGGACAAAGGUCCAGAGGUCGCCCUCUGACUGCGAUGAGCCGCCGCCACAAAUGAAGAGUGCAUCGGAGAAAUCGGUGAACUGAUCGACCGUUUGAAGCAUGACAGGUCAGGUCCUUAGGGAUACGACCGCCGGGGCUCCCAUGGACGACAACGCGGGCAUCCGCAUCAACGUGGGCGGCUUCAAGAAGCGUCUCCAGUCGGACACGCUCUCCCGCUUCCCCGAGACCAGGCUGGCGCGCCUCCUCCAGUGCCAGUCCAAGGAGUCCAUUCUGGAGCUGUGCGACGACUACGACGACGCGGAGAAAGAGUUUUACUUCGACAGGAACCCCGCUCUCUUCCCCUACGUGCUCAAUUUCUACAACACGGGGCGGCUGCACGUCAUGGCCGAGCUGUGCAUCUUCUCCUUCAGCCAGGAGAUCGAGUACUGGGGCAUCAACGAGUUCUUCAUCGACUCCUGCUGCAGCAGCGCCUACCACUGCAGGAAGAUGGACCAGGACCGGAACGACUGGGACGACAGGAGCGACGAGGGCAGCACCACGUCGUCGUUCGACGAGCUGCUGGAGUUCUACAACGACGCCACCAAGUUCGACAAGCAGCCGCUCGGGAGCGCGCGCAGGCGCGUCUGGUUGAUGCUGGACAACCCCGGGUACUCCGUGGCCAGCCGCAUCAUCAGCAUCCUGUCCAUCCUGGUGGUGCUGGGCUCGAUUGCCACGAUGUGCAUGAACAGCAUGAGCGAGUUCAGCGUGAAGGACAGCAGUGGGGAGCCCACGGAGGACCCGCGCUUUGAGACGGUGGAGCACUUCGGCAUCGGGUGGUUCACGCUGGAGCUGGUGGCCCGAUUCGCGGUGGCCCCCGACCUGCUGCACUUCUUCGACCACCCGCUGAACGUCAUAGACCUGGUCUCCAUUCUGCCGUUCUACCUGACGCUCCUCAUCAACCUGGUGGUGGAGAGCAGCCCGGCGCUCGCCAACCUGGGCCGGGUGGCGCAGGUCCUGCGGCUCAUGCGCAUUUUCCGCAUCCUGAAGCUGGCCCGCCACUCCACCGGCCUGCGGUCCCUGGGGGCCACCCUCAGGAACAGCUACAAGGAGGUCGGCCUGCUGCUCCUCUACCUGGCCGUGGGCGUGUCGUUCUUCUCCGUCAUGGCCUACACGGUGGAGAAAGAGGACAGCGAGGACCUCUCCACCAUUCCCGCCUGCUGGUGGUGGGCCACCGUCAGCAUGACCACCGUGGGCUACGGAGACGUGGUGCCCGUGUCCAUACCGGGCAAACUGACCGCCUCGGCCUGCAUCCUGGCCGGCAUCCUGGUCGUUGUGCUUCCGAUCACGCUCAUCUUCAACAAGUUCUCCCUUUUCUACAAGAGACAAAAGCAGCUGGAGGUCGCAAUGAGGAGCUGCGACUUCGACGAGGGCAUCAAGGAGGCCCCCUCCGUCAACCUGAGGAACUACUACGCGCACAAGGUGAAGUCUCUCAUGGCCAGCUUGUCGAACAUGAGCCGGAGUUCUCCGAGCGAACAGAGUCUGAACGAGUCGUUACAGUGAAGCUCGGCUCGGAGCUGUCCGGGGUCCUGAACCCGGAGGAGGAGGAGGAGGAGUUUUGCUUUUUACAGUUUGCCUCUCUGUAGCUCAGUGCAAUAACGUGUCAGUGUGUGUGUGGGUGUGUGUGUGUGGGUGUGUGUGUCAGUUCCAGUGAGACAAUAUAAAGAUCAUGUGCACUUUUUAAAGGAGCAACUCAGUUUUGUCUUAAGUGGGGUUCUGAGAAAAUGUGAACCGUGAUCAUUUCUGUGGAAAGAUGUCAGAUCACAGUGAGUCUGUGGGGGAGAGGGAAUCCUCAGAGCGACUGACGGCUGACAGGAAGUCACCUUUCACUAAUUCAAAAACAACUGGACCCUCAAAAACGUCCACGUCUUUGAAAGUCAACACUGCGGCGUCGCUUUCUGUUGUUCUGCGUUCAGACUGUCUCCGGAGGCAGAGCUGGGAACGGCUGUGAUGGGUUUCACUCUGAAUGUGAGAAAAUUAGAUAGAAGCUGUAAUAUAUUUCCUCCAUGCUAAAUUUUUAAAUGCUGCAUCAUCACAACUCGGCGUUUUGCAGCAUAGAUGUGAAGUGUGUAAAAGUGGGAUGUAGUAGUGAGGACUAUUAAAGAAAGGCUUAAGUAAAAAAAAAAAAAAAAAAGAUUGUAUGACAAAAAACGUUAAUUUUUACAGACCUAUGCACUUGAUCAGUGUGAAAUUGUUCCAAAGAGAACAAACUGGUGAUUUAGUUUGUUUAUAUGUGUGAAAGCAGCACACUCUGCACCCAGCCUCCCAUAUCUGGCUUCCUCAUCCGUAACUCCAAUCCUGACAACUCUGACGCAUUCUCAAGAUCUGCCUGUCUGAGGAAGACCUGCUUCCUCAGACAUUGGCUCAUCACAGCAAAAUAUGGGGGACAUAGGCGCUUCAGGACAGGGGCCAAAUGAGGCCCCUGUCUUCUGUUUCCCUGUAGAACAGAAGACGGGUUUCAGAUGCAAGUGGCUUUCUGACUUUCACGUGAUAUAUUAGGCUUAUAAUAUAUUAUUAUUAUUAUUUUGGUUUAUUCUUUUAUUCUGUGGCCUUUAUGAAGUAAUAAUGUCUUCCCCGGGUCUAGAACCGGCACUUCUCCUCCAAACAUUCCAGACUCUGCUUUCGACUUGGACACAGACCUGCUUCACUUCCUCAAUGAUGGACCUGUGGUGAACAAAUGUAAGCAUGUGAGCAAAGUCAUGCAUGUGUGAUUUUAAUGGCAUUUCUAGCGUAAUUGAAACAUCCGCAAUUGUGAAAUUUGUCUGUGUUAGGCGGAGCACAGACAAGCACGCACAUUUGUGAAGGAAGCUCAGCUGGUGAAGUUUUGGGUUUGUUCUCGUUCCCAGCUGGGAAAAAAAAAAAAAAAUAAAAAAUAAGAUCAAGAAAUUAAAAGUAUGUAUGAGGAGGGGCAGGCAGACAAAUAUUAAUACACAGUUCCAUCCCGUUGACGUAGAGAUAUUCAGUUUGUUUUAAAUUGAUAAAUAAGUAAAAAUCGGACUUCCUGCUUGACCUGCUGUUAACCUGUCACUCCUCUGACAACUUUUUUCUUUCCUGAAACCUCACUGUGAUUUGCUAUCGUUCUACUGGUAAAGAAACUGCAAAUUAUUCUAUCUUCCUUCAACCGGCCUCCGUUGAAGUGAUCCAUAGUUUCCCCUGAAGGCCUCCUCAUCAGCCGGAUCACACCAAAACCGGUGCUCCUGUUUUUGUUUUGGACAGUCUCAGUGGUUGUGUGGGUGUUAGUGUCACAGUGUCACACUGUUACCCACCAUUCAGCUGCACUUGUUCUGAUUCAAAAAAAAAAAAAAAGAACCCCCUGGUGUUUCUCCGGUUGAAGGUAACUUGAUGUGUAAAUGUGGUGUUGCAACAGUGCUUCAGAUGUUUGGUCUAAAUGGAAAAACAAAUUAAAAGAAGAAAUCCUGUUA